UGUUCCUACAACAUUUUCGAUAAUAACAUCUGCUAUCUCAUCAACACCAAUUACAUUUUUCACAACAACAACCGAUAUGACCGAUUCACCAUACACCACACAAUCUACUAUACACACAACGGAAUCUGUCAGUACUGCUAAGUCGGAGUCACCUGAUAGUACAACCACUUCUGUGAUGAAUACAACAACAAGAAGACGUCGUACUACUACUACCACCACGUUCAAAACACCAACCAUAUCUAGCACCUAUACAAGCUUUCCUGAUUUUAAUGGAACGACUGCUGAAAAUAGUGUCCCAUCACAAAGUACAAUAAUAAGCACCCCCAGCAGUAGUUCGUCCACUGUACACUCACCCAGUACAACCGUAGCAUCUAGCAGCUCAAAUCUUCCAUCUAUACCACCGACACAAACUACCUCAGUGCUGUUCACGACCGAAAUAUCUACGCAAGCUACACCAUGGGAUCGUUCUACCACUACAGAAAUGCACUCCUCCAGCACUACUGAUAUUUCUGGAACAGAGCCUAUGGUGAAGGUACCAAAUGCAUCCUAUGCGCUAUGGAUAGCAUUAAGUGGUGUGUUUAUCGUUCUAUUUAUCAUUGCAUCGGCCAUCGCUUUAUAUAUCUACGUGUCGGGGGUAGAAAUUCACAAUGCACUUGGUAGUAUUGGCCACUUUUUCGCCUGUAGCAACAAACUCAGCCGCUCGGCGAACGAUGAAGACCCUUACGGCACGAUGCAGCCAAAUAAUUUUGACCCAUUCGAUGCCUAUUACAACCAACAGCUACAACAGCAAUUGAAGAAUAGACUACGUCCCAAACACAACAGUGUAAGCAGUAUCAGUAACAACAGCAGCAAAGCAAUCCGCCAAAAGUAUCCCAAAUUUAACGUAGAUCCCUAUCGGCAUGCGACAAUGGAGGAAACAGCUAAUGAAUCAUCUUUUGAUGCGCCCCGCUUCGAGCUGAUGGACGAUAUCGACGUUAUCAAAUACAAAAACAGGCUAAAUAAACUUUAGACAUAGUCAAAACUAUAUUUUUCAGUUUAUCACAAUGAUGGGAACAAAAGGCAAUACAUCAGUAUCUUAUCGACGUAAAAUGAUGGCAGCAUUCUUUGAGCACUCAAGAGCAGAAUGUUUGACCAACACAUCAAGAUGCAUUCACUUUCAAUGGCUCCUUUGAACUGUCGGGGUUGAAACCAACAACACAUUACAAGCAACGAAACAGCUUCCUAACGAAGAGCUUCACUCGUUCUGCGCCUGUCCGUCCGAACCAUGCUUACUAAUGGGGAGUGGUGUUCAUUUCUUCCUCAUGUGAGAAUUCAUGCGAAACACAUACUUUGCGCAAUAGUUACUUCGUUGGAGCGAGCAUUGCACGAAUCCACUGAUGUGUACUAAAAGCCACCUACGUCGAAAAUUAGCGUCAGUAAACAGACUUUGAUUGUUUCUGUUCCUAGAUGUCACCACAUGAAAA